UUAAAAAAACACAAAAAAGAGACUCUGAAGCGGAAGCCCUCUCCGCGCACCCCUCCCGCGAUCCAGUCGGCGGCGGCGACCGGCGGCCAGGGGGAGGCAGCUGUUCUUGAUCGGCCGGAGACUUCCGACCCAUGCACUGAGCGAACAACACCUGCUACCCGCACGCCGACGCGUUACAGCCGCCGCGAUGGGCUCCCUUGAGCCUUUCAACCGGCUGGUGAAGCUGGCGGCGCGCGCCUUCUACGAUGACAUCUCCAUGAAGGGGGACAACCAGCCCAAGACCUCCCGCGGUGACAACCGGGGCAUGGCCGUCGUCGUCCUCGAUGCCCUUACCAGACGCCAGUGGGUCCGAGAAGAAGAUUUGGCUAAAUCAUUAAAGCUCCACUCAAAGCAACUGCGCCGUAUCCUCCGAUUCUUUGAAGAAGAGAAACUAGUAACAAGAGAUCACAGGAAGGAGUCAGCAAAGGGUGCGAAAAUAUAUAGUGCAGCGGCAGCUGCUGCCGGUGAUGGUCAAUCAGGUACUAAGGAAGGAGAAGAGAAAGUAAAGUUGCACACACAUUCUUACUGUUGCUUGGACUAUGCGCAGAUCUGUGAUGUCGUAAGAUACCGGAUACAUCGCAUGAAGAAAACAUUGAAGGAUGAAUUGGACAGCAGAAAUACAGUUCAACACUAUAUAUGCCCUAACUGUAAAAAAAGGUACUCAGCCUUCGACGCAUUGCAACUUGUAAGCUACACAGAUGAGUACUUCCAUUGUGAAAAUUGCAACGGUGAACUAGUUGCAGAGAGUGACAAGCUUGCUUCUGAGGAAAUGGGAGAUGGUGAUGACAAUGCACGAAAGCGUAGGCGUGAGAAGUUGAAUGAUAUGCAGCAAAGAAUUGAUGAACAACUGAAGCCAUUGCAAGCACAACUUAAGAGGGUGAAGGAUCUGCCUGCUCCUGAGUUUGGGAGUCUACAAUCAUGGGAAAGGCUAAAUAUUGGUGCUUUUGCACAUGGUGAUCCUAGUGCAGCUGAUUCAUCUAGGAAUGCACAAGGGCAGUAUAAUGGUACACCGAUGCCUUAUCUUGGAGAGACAAAGGUCGAGGUUGCAUUAUCAGGAUCUGGUGCAAAAGAAGAAGGUGCUGAAUCUGGUACAGAUGGUACAGUGAUGAAAGUCUUGCCUCCAUGGAUGGUCAGAGAAGGCAUGAAUAUUACGAAAGAACAAAGAGGAGAGACCAGUAACACAACCAAAGGAGAUGAAAAAUCAGAAGGCAAGGAUGAGAAAAAGCAGGACUCGAAAGGAGAUGAGAAGAGUAUACAGGAUGAAUACAUAAAAGCCUAUUAUGAGGCCCUCAAGAAAAGACAGGAAGAAGAAGAUGCAAAGAGAAUGCAGGAGGAAGGCCACACAUUAUCUUCUGAAUCUCAUGCUAAGCGGCUCUUGGGCACGAAAACCAAACGCGAGGAUGGGGAUGUUGAGGACGAGGGUGUUGAAUGGGAGGAGGAACAACUUGCAGGGAAUACAGCGGAGACAUAUAAGUUUGUAGACUUGAAUGCAGAGGCCCCUGAAUCUGGUGAUGAAGAAGAUGAUAUUGAUUGGGAAGAGGGUUAAAAGACAGGGACAACUUGACAUGUCUUCAAUUCGUGAAAUCAGUUGAAAUACAAUGAUACCAGUUGGAUUUUAAGCGUAUGCCAAGAGUAUUUCAAGACUUUGCUACGCAUGACAUUUUUCUCCAGAUUGUGAAAAGUCGUUAUACUACAAGCUAUUGUGAUAUUGACAUUUUUAUAUGACGUGAAGAAGGAAUCACAUAAGAAAUUUACUAUGUUCGGAAUAUUGUCAUGUUGGUCUAGAAAAGGCUAAACGACCAGUUGAUAGGCUAAAUCUGGUCUGGUUAUGUUCUUUGCCUGGCAUAUACCGCUGUCUGGUACUUUCCAAGUAAAUUUUUUACAAUUUUGGGGCAGUGAUCAAUAUGCUCCGGUCAAUGAUCAAAAUAAGCCUGAUUUGUAAAUGUAAAUUUUUCUAGGGCAUGUUCCGCUCUGGUCUGGUUAUGUU